AAUAAUUAUAUAGUCUGAUUGGGUGAUGGCUUCAUCCUCAAAUUCUCCUUGUGCUGCAUGUAAAUUUCUCCGGCGAAAAUGCCAGCCGGAAUGCGUGUUUGCUCCUUAUUUCCCACCUGAUCAGCCACUGAAGUUCACAAAUGUACACAAAAUCUUUGGUGCCAGCAAUGUAACAAAGCUCCUCAAUGAACUCCAGCCUCAUCAACGAGAAGACGCCGUCAAUUCCCUUGCUUACGAGGCGGACAUGCGACUACGUGACCCGGUUUACGGCUGCGUCGGCGUGAUUUCCUUGCUUAACCAUCAAUUGCGUCAACUACAAAUGGACCUUAAUUGUGCCAAAUCUGAGCUAUCCAAAUAUCAGAACAUUGGUCUCACCGGACAUGGUCUAAUUGCUGCUGCUUCUGCCGCCGCAGCGGCAACCGCCAAUCAUCAUCAUCCUCAGAUGGGGAUUAGUCUCCUGAGCGGCGGCCGAGAUCACCACCAAAACCAUUACCAACUCUUCUCUAGGGACCAACAAGAAGCCAUGAGGGGUUUUGAUGCCAACAGUGGCUAUGGUUCUGGUCUCAUGGCCUUGAAUGUAUCAGCAAAUAUAGGGCAGUUGGGUCAGUUCCAGCAAACCCGAGCAGCUAGUGCUGAUGAUCUCCGAAGUAUUGGACCUUCAUAG